AUGCGCGACGAGCGCCCCUAUUUAAUGCUGGCCGAAGAAGAUGAUCUUUUGGCAGAGAUCAUCUCGUUUCGGCUUGAACUGUUGGGGUAUCGCGUCGAGCGGAUGAAGGGUGGACAGGAACUCCUCGAGCAGACGCGACGAGAUCUGCCGGACCUGAUCAUUGUCGACUUGUUCUUGCCCGACAUUUCCGGGUUCGACCUGAUUAAUCAGUUGAGUUCUGAACCACAGACUGAUCCGGUUCCGAUUCUGGUGUUCUCGACCGACUCGGAACUCGAAUCGGUCGAAAAGGCGUACGCCGCAGGGGCUGAUGACUUUCUUGUUGUGCCAUUCGAUCCGACGGUGAUGGAGUCGAAGGUUGAAGAGCUAUUAGAGCGAGCCCAACUGCAAAGUGCACUGAGCAACCAAGGCAACGAACGGGGCCUGUUGGGAGCCAUCCUGCUGCGCCGCGGCCUGAUAACCAUCGACGAUUUGGGUGAGGCGUUGGCCGAACAGUUUGAAGUGCCCUUCACUCGGAUUGUGCCUGAGGCGCUGAACCCUCAAGUCGUGCGCAUGCUGCCCGAGGGGUUCGCACGACAACAUCGUGCGGCGGCGAUUGAGAUCACCGCCGACCGGCUUUCACUUGCGAUGGUGGCUCCUGACGACAUUGCCACCAUUUCCGAGGCCGAACUGCUGACGGGCUACAGCGUCGCCCCUUACGUGGCACUCGACCCCGAUGUUCAAGCGGCACUCGAUCGAGGGUUCGACGACCGGAUUGUCGCUCAGCAGACGAUCGUCGAUAUGAAGAUCUCGGAUCUUCGUUCGCAAAAAGAUCUGCAAGAGCUGGACACUAACGAAGCCAUCGAGGUGGAAGACGCUCCACCGGUGAUUCGAUUGGUUCGGGCGGUGCUGAUGGGCGCCAUCAACGCGGGUGCCAGCGAUAUUCACCUGGAGCCGCAUAAGCCGGAAAUGCGGAUCCGAUAUCGGAUCGACGGCGAGUUGCAGCAGGUGAUGACCAUCCCGAGCCACAUUGAAGAGGCCGUGGUUGCGCGAAUCAAGGUUAUGUCGGAAAUGGACACGACCGAGAACCGCAGACCGCAAGAUGGGCGACUCACGGUGCAGGACGAUGGUGGUAAGGUCAACUUUCGUGUGAGCACGAUUCCCACCGUGGGUGGCGAGAAAGUUGUGUUGCGAUUGUUGGACGAAGGCAACCAGAUUUUCGAUCUCGAGAAGUUAGGCUUCUCCUCUCGCGAUCUUAAGCGGCUACAACUGCUGAUCGACAAACCGCACGGCAUGAUUGUGGUCACCGGCCCCACGGGCUCGGGUAAAACCACCACCAUGUACGCGGUGCUGUCGCGGUUGAACGAGGUACAGCGAAACAUCGUGACGGUCGAAGAUCCCGUCGAAUAUCGACUUCCAGGUAUCAACCAGGUGCAGUCGGACAAUGAAUUCGGCCUGGGCUUUGCCAACGCAUUGAAGUACAUCAUGCGGCAAGACCCGGACGUAAUUCUGCUGGGUGAAAUUCGCGAUCACGAAACGGCCACCACGGGGGUGCAAGCCGCUCUGACGGGUCACUUGCUCAUCAGUACUCUUCACACGAACGACGCCGUGGGUACUGUGGCGCGAUUGAAUGAUCUGGGAGUCGACCGAUUCAAAAUCGGCGGAGCCCUGUUGGGUUCGGUGGCUCAACGACUGCUGAGAGGGAUCUGCCCCGAGUGUAGAGAGCCCGCGGAACCCAACGAGUCGCUACUGGAGCUUCUUGGGGCAAACAGGGACAUUGCUGCGGACACCACCUUUUAUCACGGGCGUGGUUGCAAAAAGUGCGUGGGAACCGGGUUCGCGGGGCGUUUGCCGAUCUUCGAAAUCAUGGUGGUCACCCAACCACUUGCCGAUGCGAUCGAGAAUGGCGUUCCUGCGGCGCAGUUGCGCGAGGUGGCAAUUGCUGAAGGGAUGGUCGAGCUACGAUCGGCCGGGUUGGAACAAGCAAUCGCCGGCCGGACCACGCUCGAAGAAGUGUAUUACAAGACUGCGACCGGUGUGUUUCAUUGGUUGGCGAAGUUACACAGCAUCAAGAUCGGUGGGUCGGGCGAUGGACCAGAGCAUCUGCGUGUACCGCAGCGUGAUCUUGCCUACAUCAUCGGCAAUCUUUCGGUACUGGUGGGGAACGGUGUUGCACUGCCAAGAGCUUUGACCACGCUGGAAGAAGAACGUUCGCUGCGAAAAUACUCCGACCUGUUGAGCGCCAUUCGCCGCAAGAUCGAGGCCGGCGAGUCGUUCAGCGCGGCUCUGCAGGGCUUUCCCUCGGUGUUCUCCGACCUGAUGGUGCACCAAAUCCGAGUGGGCGAACGAUCUGGGACGAUGGCGCACACGCUCGAGCGAGUGGCCACGCAGCUCGAACGGUCGAAUCAACUGCGUUCGCUCAUCAUCAAACGCCUGAGCUACCCGGGGGUUGUCCUGUUCGCCGGCACGGGGGUGGUAAUCUUCAUGCUGGCCUUCAUUAUUCCGGUGUUUCAGGAAACGUACGACAAGGCCAAGAUCCCCCUGCCCUUCAUUACACAGUCGAUGAUUGUGGGAUCUGACUUGAUGGUGGAGUACGGCUGGAUGGUUCUGGUGGCUCUCGUCGCUUGCUUCGUACUGUGGCAGCAAGUGCGCCAUGUACCCAAGGUGGCACGCUGGUUCGACGGGUUCAUUCUGAGGAUCCCGCUUGUCGGAGAGUGGUUUCGGGAUAUCGCCGUGCACCAGUUCAUUCAGGUGCUGGGAACGAUGCUCGAAUCUGGGUUCAAGGUGGCCGACGCACUGGCUAUUUCUGCCGGAUCGGUCAAGAACGCUGAGGUUCGAGCGGCGGUUGAAGACUUGAAAACGGCGGUGAAUCGUGGUGAGCGAUUGAGCCGGGAGUUGGAAGCUCAUGAGAAUCUGUUCCCGCCGAUUGUGAGCCAGUUGGUCAUCAUCGGCGAGUCGACGGGUAAGUUGGCAGAUACCACGACCCAAGUUGAAGUUCACCUUCAACGGCAAAUUGAAAAGCGAACCGACUUGAUGGUGGGCACGAUCGAACCAGUGCUGACAAUCGGCAUGGCCGUUGCCAUCGGAAUCAUUCUAUUGGCGAUCUACCUACCGAUGUUCGACAUGAUCAACGUGGUGGGGAGAGCUGGUGGUUUAUGUGGUGGUCAGAGGACUCUCGUGCGGCCGCCUGCUGCAGGCUUGUCCCAGCUCGAACUGCUGGGGGUUGUGACGAUAUUGGCGGUGCUGGCCACCAUUGUGGUAGGGAGUUUUUCCGGUGCCGACAACGACUUGCGCACUCAAGCGUGCUACGUAAAUAAAGGAGAUAUUGAGGUGCAGGCCGGCUUGUGGUUUCGUGACAACGGAAGUUGGCCUGCCAGCGACCUUAGUGAUAUUGCUCGCUCGGUUGAGUACUUCCCCGAUGGGGUACCGACCUGCCCAGUCGACGGAUCACCCUACGAGUUAGAUCCUUCGACGCACAGAGUAAUCGUUAAUGAACACACGGCCGCCACGCUGAACUCAGCGAUCGAACGUUUCUACGUCGAUAACGGCAAAUGGCCGUCCGCUUUGGCCGACAUGGUUCCGACGUACCUCCCCGACGGAGUUCCUACGAACCCGGUGGACGAUUCGGCCUACACCAUCGAUCCGAAGACCAAUCGAAUCACCGGUCCUAGACGCGACGGAUUCUCGUUGCUGGAGAUCCUGGCAGUUGUUGUGAUCUUGGGCAUCAUUGCGGCUUUGAUUGUCCCUCGGACCUCGUUCACAUCCGAUGCGGCCAGAGAGAGAGUUGGUUCCGGAUUACCUUCCAGAUGGAGUGCCGGUGCCUCCUGCUGGAACGUCCGCCUACGAGAUCGACAAGCAACUCCAUCGCGUGCUGCCGUGAAGCACUUCAUGAAAACGCGAUGUGGUAAGCAGCCAUCUGGGGACAGCUCGGCAUCGUUCCGGCCGGCCUUCAAUAUGGUCGAGUUGGUGGCGGUGCUGGCCCUGCUAGGGUUGAUGGCCUUUGUAACGGCCACAUUUACAACGGGCACCUUAGGCAACCUUGGGGCGAAAGUCGAAGCCCGUCGCUUGUCGCUCGAUUUGGCUCAGGCUCGUCGACGGGCGAUUGCCACCGGCGACAACCAUCUGCUGCAAUUCACCAUGGCAGGAUCUACGGCCAUUGCUUACCAGAUCAUGCUACGUCUGGAUGACAAUUCGUUGGUCGCCGUGGAUGACGUCUAUGUCUUUUCCGAUGAAGUGACAGUAACACCGCGGGCGGCCACCGCCGAGUUCGACUUUGAAGGCUCGGCACUGGGUAGCUAUGCCUUCCGACUGAACGGACCCAAUCGAAGCUACGGAAUCGCUGUAAACGCAUUGACUGGCACGGUCAGCGCAUCCGAACGUUCGGAGCUCUCCCGGGAUUUCGCCCCGAUGAACGGUAUCGAAGAAAGCCCUCGCAUGAUUUCCCGCUGA